AUGUUCUUUCAGUUUGGCCCCUCUAUCGAGCAGCAGGCGUCUGUUAUCCUCAACAUCAUGGAGGAAUACGACUGGUACAUCUUCUCCAUUGUCACCACAUACUACCCGGGUUAUCAGGACUUUGUCACCAAGAUCCGGAGCACCAUCGAGAACAGCUUUGUUGGCUGGGAACUGGAGGAGGUUUUACUUCUUGACAUGUCCGUAGAUGAUGGCGAUGCAAAAAUCCAGAACCAGUUGAAAAAGCUCCAGAGCCCUGUCAUCCUCCUCUACUGCACAAAGGAGGAGGCCAACACCAUCUUCGAGGUGGCUCACUCCGUCGGCAUCACCGGCUAUGGCUUUACCUGGAUAGUGCCCUCGCUGGUGGCAGGAGACACUGAUGUAGUGCCUGCAGAGUUCCCCACAGGUCUGCUCUCUGUGUCCUAUGAUGAGUGGGACUAUGGCCUGGAGGCUCGAGUUCGUGAUGGGGUGGCAAUCAUCAAUAUGGCCACCUCCACCAUGAUGAUGGACAGGGGCCCGCACACACUUCUCAAGUCGGAGUGCCAUGGUGCUCCGGACAAGAAGACCCCAAUCUCAGGCAACCCCAAUGAAGUGCUCAGGUACCUGAUGAAUGUGACGUUCGAGGGCCGUAAUCUGUCGUUCAGUGAGGACGGAUACCAGAUGCACCCAAAGCUUGUCAUAAUUUUGCUAAACAAGGAGAGACAGUGGGACAGGGUGGGCAAGUGGGAAAACGGCUCCUUGUCCAUGAAAUACCAUGUGUGGCCUCGCUAUGAACUGUACGGGGGAGCGGCGACCAGGCAGGAUGACCACCUGUCCAUCGUGACAUUGGAGGAGGCUCCGUUUGUCAUCGUAGAGGACGUGGAUCCACUGAGCGGCACCUGUAUGCGGAACACUGUGCCAUGCCGCAAGCAACUCAAGGGGCUCAACGGAACCAAAGCGGUGGGCAUCUACAUCAAGCGCUGCUGUAAGGGAUUCUGCAUCGAUAUCCUCAAGAAGAUCGCUAAGGCCGUUAAGUUCACCUACGACCUUUACCUGGUUACGAACGGCAAACACGGCAAGAAGAUCAACGGGACAUGGAAUGGCAUGGUGGGAGAGGUGGUAUUAAAGAACGCACACAUGGCUGUUGGCUCCUUGACCAUCAACGAAGAGAGAUCAGAAGUCAUUGACUUCUCUGUACCUUUCAUUGAGACCGGUAUCAGCGUGAUGGUCUCCCGGAGCAACGGCACAGUCUCGCCCUCGGCUUUCUUAGAGCCCUUCAGUGCGGAUGUGUGGGUGAUGAUGUUCGUGAUGCUGUUGCUAGUGUCAGCGAUGGCUGUGUUUGUGUUCGAGUACUUGAGCCCUGUGGGCUACAACCGCUGUCUGGCUGAUGGUCGAGAGCCACACGGUCCGUCCUUUACCAUCGGAAAGGCCAUCUGGCUGCUUUGGGGUCUGGUCUUCAACAACUCUGUCCCUGUGCAAAACCCCAAAGGCACCACCAGUAAGAUCAUGGUGUCGGUAUGGGCCUUCUUCGCUGUCAUAUUUCUGGCCUCUUACACUGCCAACCUGGCUGCUUUCAUGAUCCAGGAGGAGUAUGUAGACCAGGUGACUGGUCUAUCUGACAAGAAGUUCCAGAGCCCCAAUGAUUUUUCACCCCCUUUCCGGUUUGGCACAGUCCCUAACGGCAGCACAGAGAGGAACAUCAGGAACAACUAUCCUGAGAUGCACGGAUACAUGACAAAGUUUCAUCAGAGAAAUGUGAACGAGGCCCUGGGGAGUCUGAAGGCUGGCAAACUAGACGCCUUCAUUUAUGACGCUGCUGUCCUGAACUACAUGGCUGGAAGGGACGAGGGCUGCAAACUGGUGACCAUCGGCAGUGGUUACAUUUUUGCCACUACUGGAUAUGGCAUUGCUAUACAGAAGGAGUCGCUCUGGAAAAGAGCCAUAGACUUGGCCAUUUUGGGGCUUUUUGGAGAUGGUGAGAUGGAGGAGCUGGAAUCCUUGUGGCUGACUGGAAUCUGCCACCACGAGAAGAAUGAGGUUAUGUCAAGCCAGCUGGACAUAGACAACAUGGCCGGAGUCUUCUACAUGUUGGGCGCUGCUAUGGCCCUGUCUCUGAUCACAUUCAUCUGCGAGCACUGCAAACUAGACGCCUUCAUUUAUGACGCUGCUGUCCUGAACUACAUGGCUGGAAGGGACGAGGGCUGCAAACUGGUGACCAUCGGCAGUGGUUACAUUUUUGCCACUACUGGAUAUGGCAUUGCUAUACAGAAGGAGUCGCUCUGGAAAAGAGCCAUAGACUUGGCCAUUUUGGGGCUUUUUGGAGAUGGUGAGAUGGAGGAGCUGGAAUCCUUGUGGCUGACUGGAAUCUGCCACCACGAGAAGAAUGAGGUUAUGUCAAGCCAGCUGGACAUAGACAACAUGGCCGGAGUCUUCUACAUGUUGGGCGCUGCUAUGGCCCUGUCUCUGAUCACAUUCAUCUGCGAGCACUGGUUCUACUGGCAGCUACGUUUCUGCUUCAUGGGCGUAUGUUCUGGACAGCCUGGAUUUGUCUUCUCCAUAAGCAGGGUGAACCGCUGCAGGCCAGAGCACAUGGCUAAUUUACGGCGCGGAGUCACACCGCACGCUCCCUUCCAUAACACUUGA